CGCAUCACGGCUGGUUCCGUAUUGUAUCUGCCAGUCUAUUGUCAGAGUGCUGGCGUCUGUCAGUCUAUUGUCAGGCUUUUAGUCUGUGGUAUCAGUAAGACUAUUUGCAGUCUGUCUGUUGUCUAGAAUCUGUUGAAUUCACCGACUGUGAGUAGAGUGCGAAAAUUAUCAGUGCUCACCUUUCGUUCAUGGACGUGAUUUCUUUUCUUUAAACUGGAGAUAUUUUUAAAAAAUGUUUCUUUAACCCUAAGAAGUUGAAAAUGUUAUGCUGUAGGCCUAUCCCGGAGCCUAAGGAAGACACGCCCCUGAUUGUUGAUCUGAGGGAUGUUCUGUGUGACAAGGCCUGGAACUGCUUCCUGUCGACCUUGACCUCCUACCAGCGCUGGUCCAUCAAAAGGGAGAACUACCUGUUCGACGUCCCCGAGAAUUUCUACACUUUUGAGAACGUCAGCACUGACCUUGAACUCUCGCCCGACUACACGCCCGUCAAGGUCAAACCUAACCCGGAGGAAGGUCAUGUGACGCCAGUGAUGAAGGGCAACAGAUCUCUUAAGAAUGAUCUUUCAAAACCGGAAAUAGUUUCCUUGGAAACCGUGUUUGGCAACGACACCUCCGAAAAACAAACGUACAAGUUCCGGUUUGAGAAGAACCGGAAGACGGUGAUUAGCGUGUCCUUUCAUCGUGGGUUCACCUUUGGUGGCGCGGCAAGGUUCAACGUCGGCAUACCCAAGCAGCUGGGCUUCGGCUUGGAGACUGACAUGCAUUAUCAGGUGACCAAGACUGAAGGCCAAACCUUUGAAGAGACGGUCAUCAUGGAGGCCACUAGCGACAUCUCGGUGGCCCCACACAGCUGUUGUACGGCCAACAUCCAGCUCCAGGACAAACCCCUGCACACCGACUUCAAAGUCGUCAUGCGCAUGUCCAUCCCACAAGGCCGCGCGCCGCUGUACAUCCGGCGAAAGGCAGACGGCAAGAUGGCGUUUAUCUACGUGGUGAAAAGUUUGAGGAACGCGUUCGACGCUUCAAGCGUGCCGUGUAGUCAGGAUGUGGUUGAGCAGGAUGGGGGUGUGUCACACACCAAGUUGGACUUUGUCGUGGAGGGAACGCUGAACGGUGUUUUAGCGUGUAAUCAUAAAAUCUUGCUGAGUAGUGACUCAGCUAAACAAAAUACCUAGCAAGGAAGAUUAGUUGUUUUAAACUACUUCAGCUUUUAUUUGACAGUAACCCCUAAGGCUUUCAAACGGCUUUAAAUGGCUUCUCGGUUCAGUUCCUGCAUAGAAUACCAAGGUAGU